GCACUUCGUAAACAAACUCGGCGGUCGGUCUUCGCUGGGGUGCUCAGAGUGACCGGUUCCCCAGAGUGGGUAUAUUAAGUUGAACUUGGGAAUCAAUAGUUUAAUCUAUAUAAUGGCGCCCAAUGUGAAAGAGGAUGCCUGGAAGGUAUCCGGAAUAUCUAGGACUUAUCCGAGCUACCGCCAGCACAAACCCAUCACGGGUGAAAGCUGGCUGGAGGGCAAAAAUGCGGAUGACGAAGCAGAAGGUCUUUGGCGCAUUAACGAUAAGCUCUACGACUUAACGGACUUUGCCGCUCGGCAUCCGGGAGGAGCCUUCUGGAUUGAGUCCACAAGGGGCACGGACAUCACGGAGCCCUUCGAGUCGCAUCACAUCGAGGAGCGAGCCCGAGGAAUGCUGAGCAAGUUCGAGGUGCGAAAGGCUUCAAAGCCGCGGAACUACAAGUUCACGCUGAAGGACGACGGUUUUUACAUGACCCUGAAGCGGCGAGUGCGUGAAAAGCUAAGGAAACUGGAUUACUCUCCUACCAAGAAAACGGAAUUUCUGCACUUGGGCAUCCUGAUCUCCGUCUUCCUAUUCAGCUGGGCCGGCACAGUUCUUGACUCACUGCUCAUCCGAUCCCUAGCUGGUCUGGCUCUCUGUUGGGUGGCCACCUCCACGCACAACUACUUCCAUCAGAGGGACAGUUGGCGGAUGUACACCUUUAAUCUGACGCUCAUGAACUUCCGAAACUGGCGCAUUUCGCACGCUCUGUCACACCAUGUGUAUGCGAACUCCCUGCAUGAUCUGGAGAUGUCCAUGUUUGAGCCCUUCAUGUGCUGGAUUCCCGGUCGCCAGUACGCCAGUAAAAUGCAACGAUGGAUCUCAGUGGUAAUCUCACCGGUGGUCUACGUAUUUCUGUUCCAAGAACAAAUUAUAUUGCGUUCUAUUCUUUCCCUAACCAAGCGAAAUCUUAUGCAUUGGGAUGAUCUAAUAGGCUUUAUCUUACCAUCAUUUCUCUAUUUAUCCACUGGAGUGGGCCUGAAAGCCUCUUUGAUCAGCUGGCAGAUCAUCGUUGCCAUAGGUAGCUUUAUUUUUGGAUUUGUGGGUCUUACUGCAGCCCAUCACGACCCUCGAAUCCUGCACGACGGCGACGCCCAACGUCCGGACUUCGAUUGGGGGCUGUACCAGAUGGACACGAUCAUUGAUCGCGGAGACAUCAAGUGGUCCGAUCUUUUGGUCCUGACCCACUUUGGGGAACAUGCGCUGCAUCACCUGUUUCCAACCCUUGAUCAUGGUGUGCUGAAGCAUCUCUAUCCAGAAUUGAGACAAACCAUGAAAGAGUUCGACAUGGAGCUGCGGGAGAUCAAUCACUGGGGUCACAUCAAGGGCCAAAAUCAGCAGUUGCUGAGGAUGAAUAGGAAUCCACUGCCACCGGGAAGCAAGAAAUUCAAGUAGGGUGAGGUUUAAAGGUCGAUGGUAAAUAAAUAAAAAAACACACUUAAUUAUAUAGUAUGACGGUUCCUGAUAGAAUAUUGCUGUGCAAAAGAUCAAGCUUUAAUUAUACGAUAUGUUUUAAUGAACUCGUUGCUUCACUCUUAUAAUUUCCUACUGAAGCCAAAGACUCUCUUAACUAAAUUUUUCUCUUGUUUAUCGCUUAAUGUCUGGUGAGCAUUUCCGCUUUUUUAUGGUGUUUGUUAUGAUAUCGUUAUACGCUUUGUUUAUAGUUUGCUUUUAUCAGCUCUUUAAGUGGCUUCCAAAUGUUUCUUGACUAGUUUGAGGUGAGAGUUCAGCGGGUGCCACCUGUAAGCCUGAUUAUUUUAUAAAUAGCGUCACAUAAAUGUUUGACUGCCUUUUUUUGGAGAUAUGGUCACUAAACCUACAUAUAUUUUGCUGAGUCACGAUGACCAGACGAUGGGGAAACUACGCACAUAAAUCGAUUUAAAACUGUAUUGUUUUGGGUGCCUGGGAAUUAAGAGAACUUAAUACUAGGGAGAAUACUGGGAAUUUUUAGUGUAAUACUUGUUUGAAAUUAUGUAAAUAUUUUCUAAUAUAAUUACUAUUAAUUUUAAAGGUUUUGUUCAGGUAAAUAUAAAAUUAAAAGUCA